AUGCCGGCUCCCCGACUGUCCCAGAACGCUGAGGCAGCCAGAGCCGCUGCUCAGCAAGCAGAAUUUAACGAGAAGAAAUGGGUCUGGGUACCUGAUAUCAGAGAAGGAUACCUUGCAGGUUGGGUGAAUAAGGAAGAGGAGGAUUCUGCAGAAGUUAUCAUGGCAGCUGGAGGAGAGUUUCGCAAAGUGCGCUUUGAGGAGUUGUUCAAAAUGAAUCCUCCAAAGUUCGAUCGAGUCGAAGACAUUGCCGACCUUACCUUUCUCAAUGAAGCGAGCGUUGUGCACAACCUCCGUCUAAGAUACGGUUCCGGCGCUAUAUAUACCUAUUCAGGUCUUUUCCUGGUUGCCAUCAAUCCCUACCAGCAUUUGCCACUCUACUCAGAUGCUAUUAUCCAACAAUAUCGAGGCAAGAGACGCGAUGAGAACCCUCCACACGUGUUUGCAGUUGCAGAGAGAGCUUGGGUCAACAUGGGGGAUGAACGAGAGAAUCAGAGUAUUCUAAUCACUGGAGAGUCUGGUGCCGGUAAAACCGAGAGCACAAAGAAAGUCAUUCAAUACCUUGCAGCUAUUGCUACAGAUGUUCAUCAACCCCCCGUGCAAUCACAUUCGAGAUCAAAUACUAUAACAUCUAUUCCUACAAGUGGCCUUCCUCGAAGUCGGUCGAUGCGGCAUGGGCAUUCCGCCUCAGUUGCAUCGAUCACUGGUCCAGGUUCAAUUCUGACAGCCAAAGGCAGACUGGGUCUUCUCGAACGUCAAAUAUUGCAGGCCAACCCAAUUCUUGAAGCAUUCGGUAAUGCCCAAACUCAACGGAACAACAAUUCCAGUAGAUUCGGCAAGUUUGUUCGGAUCAUGUUCGCCCCUGAUGGUAGUAUCGCUGGGGCAAACAUUGAUUGGUACCUCCUCGAGAAGAGCAGAGUCGUUUUCCGCAAUGAAGCUGAACGUAGUUUCCAUGUUUUCUACCAACUGAUGGCUGGAGGUGGUGACCUGAAAGGUCAAUUACUGCUCGAUGGACAAGUUGAAGACUACGAAUACCUCAAUAAGAGUAGGCGAGAGGUUGAUGGAGUAGACGACCUAGAGGACUGGAAUGCGUUAGUUAGCGCUUUAAACAUUGUUGGUUUCGACCAAUCUGAGCAAAUAGAUUUGUUCCGCAUUGUUGCGGCAAUUCUCCACAUUGGAAACAUCACCAUAACCGCUACUCGGUCCGACGAUGCCUCGAUGCCUGAUCCUUCUCAAGCAGAGCGGGUUUGUCACCUGCUUGGAAUUCCUAUUGCAGAGUUCACCCGGGCGGUGUUGCGACCUCGAGCGCUCGCAGGACGAGAAUGGGUCACGCAAGCACGGACAAGACAGCAAGCUGUGGACGAGCUUUCUGCUCUUUGUAAAACACUCUACGAAAAAUCCUUUGGUGCCCUUGUUGAACGGAUAAAUCGUGCACUUGACCGUCCUUCUUCAAAGGCGACGUUCAUCGGAGUGCUCGAUAUCGCCGGAUUCGAAAUUUUCGAAGUCAACGGUUACGAGCAGCUACUCAUCAACUAUACCAAUGAGAAGCUACAACAGUUUUUCAACCACCAUAUGUUUGUUCUAGAGCAGGAGGAGUAUGCCCGAGAAGGUAUCCAUUGGGAUUACGUUAACUUCGGCUUGGAUCUACAGCCCACAAUCGACUUGAUCGAGUCAAGCGGAAACACCAUCGGCAUUCUCAGCUUCCUCGACGAAGAAUGUAUCAUGCCCAAAGCCGACGAUCGUACCUUCACGAAUAAACUUAACGCCAUGUGGACCUCUCGAGACCAAGAUGAAGAUGAAUCUCACCCAGGCAAAUUGAAAUAUGAACCCUCUCGAUUUGAACAGGGUUUCAUCAUCCAGCACUAUGCCGCGAAAGUCGAGUAUCGUACGGAUGGCUGGCUUGAGAAGAACAAGGAUCCUCUCAAUGACAACCUCACUCGAGUGCUGGCAGCUUCCUCGGAGCGAUAUGUGGCCAGCCUCUUUGCGGAGUAUGCUGACCAGCCAUCGCCGUUGAGCGCGGGUGCACAUGUCUCUACGGUUGGGAGGAAGCGACCGAUGAAGAAAGGUGCAUUCCGGACUGUAGCUCAGCGACAUAAGGAACAGCUUUCGAGUCUUAUGGCUCAACUCAGGGCGACUCAGCCGCAUUUUGUGCGAUGCAUCGUGCCGAACAAUAUCAAGAAGCCUGGUCGGAUGGACGUUCCACUUGUUCUCGACCAGCUGCGGUGCAAUGGUGUCUUGGAGGGUAUCCGCAUUGCGAGAUUAGGUUAUCCGAACAGGCUCCCAUUCGUCGAGUUCCGUCAGCGGUAUGAGAUUUUGACGCCUGGUAUCUUGCCAAAGGGAUAUAUGGAUGGUAGAGAGGCUUGCAGGAGGAUGGUCAACUCACUGGAGCUCGACGACACCAUUUUCAAGCUGGGAACAUCGAAAAUCUUCUUCAAGGCUGGAGUUUUGGCGGAACUUGAGGAAAGGAGGGACAUGUUGCUCUUCGAUAUUUUUUCCAGGCUCCAGGCUGUCGCCAGGAUGUGGACUGCUAGGAGGCAAAUGAAGAAAAUUCUUAACCGCGCAAUGGCUGUAAAGACGAUUCAACGCAAUGCAAAAGUUUAUAGUGAGCUACGUGACUGGCCUUGGUGGCAGUUGUACACAAAGGUUCGCCCGUUGCUCGCAGCGACACGCAAUGACGAGGAGCUACGGAAAAAGGAGCUCGAACUUGCAUUGAUCAAGGAACGCGCGGAAAGAGACAAGCAGGAAAAGCAGGCUCUUGAAAAGCUCAAGAUGACUUUGGAGGCUGAGAAGAGAAAGGUUGAAGCUGAUCUCGAAGCCGAACGCUCCUUGGCCCUGGAUAAAGACGCCCUUCUUGAGCGCAGCAAAAGACGAGAGGGCGAACUCGAAGAGGAAAUUGGUGCCUUGCAAGCUGAUAUCAACACAUUGGACUCGCAGUUAACGAGAGCAAUGCGCCUACAGAAGGAAAGCGAGGAUAAAUACGAGAAGCUUCGGGAAGCCUUUGAUCAGGCAGCGGAACAUCUCGUUAGGUUGGAGCAAGGAGAGCACACCUGGAGCACCAGGGAGGCGGAGUUAAAUGAGGAGCUCCGGAAAGCGAACGAGGAAAUUGAAGCGCUGCAAAGUGAUUUGGAGGGUAUUCACGAGGUUUCUGAAGAGCUACGGAAUUUGGCUUUACAACGUGAAGAAGACUUAGCGAGAACCAAGGAACGCAUGGAUUCAGCUGUUAACGAUCUUCGAGCCAAACUAGAAACUGAGGCGCGCAACAAGGAUCUUAUCAAGGAUAAAGCAGAUCAUUUUGAGAAUGAGGCUAGACAGACGAAGGAGCAACUAUCUGAAAUGGGACGCACGGCCACUGAAUAUUCAACCAUGAUCCAGAAGAAGGAAGACCAAAUAGUAGAGUUGGUUGCCCAGUUAGAGGAACUGAAGCAAGAGCACGACAAUGCCUCGAUGGAGAUUGUCGAACUUCGCGCAGAUAUCGAUACCAUUGAUGCUCAGCUCUCUGCAGAGAAGAAGGAUCAUGCUGCUGAUCUCGCUGCAAAGCACAAAUUGCAGGCUGAAAUGGACGAACUUCGAGAUCUACUGGCAACCAAGACGACAGAGGCAACACGUCGAUCGGAAGCGGAAAAGAGCAAGGAGCUUGAACUGGUUGAUUUGCGCGGCCAGUGCAAUAUUCUCCAUCAAGAACUUGCAGAGCUUCGCCGGUCUUCUGUGGAGAAUCAGAACAAGUUGAAGGUGGAACUCGAACAAAUCACCCGAGAGCAUACUUCGCUUCAGCAUAGUCAUACGUCGCUCCUCGAGCGCGAAAGAGCUGCCCAGUCCAUGCUUACGAGGGUUCAUGCGCAAUUGUCAGAGCUUGAAAAAGGAAAACGAGCCUUGGAUUCAGAGCUUUUGGCCGUCAAGUCGCGCCAAACUGAAGUUCAGGACCAAUUAGCCGAGGCUUUGCGGGUCAAAGAGAAUCUUGAGCGUCAAUUAACGGCUGCGCAAGAUAAAUAUCGCAACUUUGAAGAUGUCGUUCUCGAUUUUCAGCGCGAACAAGAGAGUCGGACGAAAGAACUGGACACCGUUCGCAAGCAAUUGGAAACAGAAAUCGCCAAACGAACACAGCUAGAAAAGACCGUUUCAACCCAGAAAGCGGAGGUUAUCAAGCUAAAAGACCGCAAUACGAAACUGGAGAAAGAUUUGAACACCACGAUCCGAGAGCUCAAAGAUAGGCAAUUUGAGGUUAAACAACUUGAAUCGAAACAAGACAAGACUAUCGUAGAGCAUGUCUAUGUUCUUGAGGAAGCUAAACGCGUGACAGACCGUCAACUCCAAGAAGCGCGGUCAGAGUUGGAGAAGCAAGCAGCACACAUCAAGUCGCUCCAGAUGGCCAGGAAGCAAUGGGGGCAAGAUAUUGACGAUAUCAACCACCAACAUGCAAAAGAAAUUCGGGCCAAGGAGCAGGAGGCAAAGUUACACGAGAAGAGGGCGGACGAGCAAGCUGCACUUUUUGAGAAAGAGAUGCGAGCAAAACAAGAAGCAGAGCUCCAAGUGCAUCGUGUCCAAACCGAGUUGGACAAAACUCGCCAGCGAGAACAAGACCUCAACGAGCAGCUCAUUGCUGCCCAACGCUCAAAGGCCGCUUUGGAAGGAGAACUUGACAGGCUUGCGGCGGAUGCGGAGACUGGCGACUCUUUGGCCAAGUUGCAGAGAGACUACGAGACACGAAUUGCUCAGCUCGAAGCGCAGUUAGAAGAAUCAGAACUUGCUAGAGCUACCUCGACAAGGAUACAAGACCAGAUCGAACGCCAACAUGCCGAGAUUAGAGAGCUGGUUUUGUCAAGUAACCCUACGGACAGAAACUUCCAUUCCACCCUUUUGCACCAGUUUGAACUUGCUGAGAAUGCUAUGAAAAAGGAACUGUCAGUCAAAUCGAAGAAGCCCAGAUUAAGCGGCGCCAAUGAACUUCGACCGUCGUCAGCAAAUUCAACUCCCAGGAAGGCGUCGUCGAGAGGCGGGUCGCGAUUCGAGGAUGCGGCACGAGCAUCUGAGAAGCAGGUUGCUGCUCUCAAGCAACAACUCCAGCUACUUGAAGUCCAGAUGGCAGCAUCUGAACGUGUGAGGCGACAUCUCGAGAGCUCAGUGCACGACUUGACGGUAGAGCUUAGCAAGAGUGAUGGGUCCAAACAGUUCCUUGAACAUUAUAGGGCUCAUUUGGUCAGCGAGAACGAGAAGCUCACCCAAUUACUCAAGGAGGAAGCAGAGGCUCGUCGAACUGCGGAAGCAGCGCGCAUUGAUGGGGUCCAAACGAUUUGGGCUAAAUUCCAGCAGACUAUUGCAGACGAGCGGGAGAAUUACGCUCGACUUGAGGAGUCGAGAAAAGCUCUGCUUGUUCAACAAAGGACAGGCCAAGACGAACUGGAAACCCAACGCACUCAAAUACGGGAUCUGACUGCUGCCAAGAACCAGCUCAUGAAUGAGGUGGCUCAGCUUCGGGAACAGCAUGAGAUAUCGAAAAUGGAUGCAAUAAAUGCCAAACGCCAACUGCAAAAGCACAUGCAGGACGAGGAGGUGGCUCAGUCUUCGUCAAAUGCGGCUCAAGCAGAACUCAAGGUGGUUAUCGAAGCUCUUCGGGCCAACGAACACGAAUUGCAAGCUCGAUACGAGGCAGCAGAAAUGGAGCGCGUCAAGGCUGUCAGCUCGGAGCAUCAGACUCGUCGACAAUUAAAUGAAGCACAGGUUGCUCUUACAAAGGCUUCCGAGGACCACAAGAAAUCAAUCAAGUCAAGAGAACGUCGUAUUCAGGCCUUGGAGGCUGAACUUGCGAAAGAAGGUCGUGAAUCGUCUGAAACAAGUCAACUUCGCCAGCGUCUCUCGGAGGAAUUGGAGGAUGAGAGAGAGCAACAUCGGAAGGAUCUCGCCGAGCGUGAUUUCACAAUUGAUCAGACCAGGAAGAAAUAUCAAGCCGAACUUGCGCAAUUGAGUGAAGGUACCAUUACAAAUGAUGUAUUGGUGAUGUUCAUGCUUGCUAAUAAUACAUUUUCUCUAGAACUUCAAGCGCAAAGGGACGGAUUGAGUAGACUUCGUGAUGAGAACCGUAAACUCAGAUCCGAUCAUGACGCUCUGCAGCUGAAAUACGACGAUGAAGUCUAUAACAGCAAAGAGUGGAAGAAGGACAAGGAGCGUAUGGAGGAAAAGGUCAAGAACAUCGAGUCGGCUUAUGAGGCGUCAACUGCUGCUCAAGCAGAACAACAAUCGCAAAUUGUAGCUUUGCACGGGCAACUCCGUGAGCUUCGUGGGGUCCUAGACGAUGCGGAGAACGAAAGGUCGCUUUUGCAGAAAGCGCGCCGUGCUUUGCAGGCAGAGUUGGAGACCAUCAAGUUGGAUUACGUGGACUCUAACAAGAUGUCCUCUGACCCCGAAUUCCAGAGGCUGCAGCUAAAGAAACAAGAUCUUGAACGCUCGCUGGAAGAGCAGGAAGAUCGUGUUUCGAGUGCGACGGAACGUCUCAGGAAGGCAGAAUCUCUUGCCUCGGAGUACAAGCUUCAGCUGGACAAGGUUCAAGAUGCCAACGCAAAAUUGGAUCAACGUAAUGCUAGUCUCGAAAAGCAGAACAAAGAGUUGAAUGUUCGCAUUGUGGAUCUUGAAACUAGGUCGUAUGCGAGCUCGCCACGUGCGGCGCCUGGAUCUCGUAGGAUGGAGAGCCGGAUAGAAGAGUUGACGAACCAGCUCCAACAGUCCAAUAAGGACAGAAGGGAGAGCGGACGAUUGAAGCGGACACCGGACAAGUCGCAAGAAGCCAAGCCACAGCCUGGUGACAGUGAUCGUCAGAAGGCGAAACUAGAGGCGUAUGAGAUGCAGAUAGAAGGUAUGCGCCAGAGCAUGGAUGCCAUGCAAACGGCCGAAAACAAACUUCAGGCGGAAAAGCGUCGUGCGGAGCGUGACGCCUCUGAUUAUAAACAAAAAGUUCUCAGUAUGGAGCGGGAAUUGGAACGCCUUCGAGCCCGAUUGGAAGGGCCUAUAGCUCCGGAACGGACAGGAGGAGGAACGUUCAUUGGACCUCGCAAAUAA